CCACACCUUCUGUCCUUCUUCUCCCGUUUUUCUGUCUGUUUUUCUCAGUUCAUCUUACGUCGCCUCCCAUCCUUCUUCGUGUGGCACCAUCGCUCAGCCGGCACAAAUUGUUCGCCACCACCACUAACAAAAACCAUGCAACAAGACAACUAUCAGGUCUAAGUGUCCACCUUGAGAUAUGCAACGUCAAGGCACUGUCCGAGCUCCGUGUUCACGAAUUGUUGAUCCUCACCAAAAAGUAAAUUAUACCGUUUGCGGAUGGAUCAUAACAAUCAUCAGUUAUCUUGUUGUUUUGUUCACUUUACCUCUUUCUGCAUUUUUUUGUCUUAAGGUUGUGCAAGAAUAUGAGCGAGCCGUUAUAUUUCGCUUGGGUCGACUGAAACACGGAGGAGCUCGCGGCCCCGGCAUAUUUUUCAUCAUUCCAUGCAUAGAAUCAUUUAAGAAAAUAGAUCUUCGUGUUGUUUCGUUUGAUGUUCCGCCACAAGAGAUUUUGUCAAAAGAUUCUGUCACCGUUUCUGUGGAUGCUGUUAUUUACUUUAGAAUAUCUAACGCUACGGUGUCGGUGAUCAAUGUUGAAGAUGCAGCUCGAUCAACAAAGCUUCUUGCCCAAACCACAUUGAGAAAUUUUCUUGGAACAAGAACGCUGGCUGAAAUGCUUUCAUCUCGUGAUGCCAUUUCUAUGCAAAUGCAAGCCGCACUGGAUGAAGCCACUGAUCCGUGGGGAGUUAAAGUUGAACGAGUUGAAAUCAAAGACGUCCGGCUUCCAAUUCAACUUCAGCGGGCUAUGGCGGCUGAAGCAGAAGCAGCGCGAGCAGCUGGAGCAAAAAUAAUCGCUGCUGAGGGAGAACAACUCGCGUCGAGAGCCUUGGCGGAUGCAGCCGAUGUGAUUGCAACGUCUCCAUGUGCAAUUCAACUUCGAUAUCUACAAACAUUAAAUAGUAUAAGUUCUGAGAAGAACAACACAAUCAUCUUCCCGUUCCCAACUGAGUUGAUUGCAAAGUUCAUCCAGUCUGCUGCCGCGUGAUUAUCAGAUUUGUGUCUCCUUCCAUACAUCUCGACCAAACAAUCGACUGACUUGUCAUAGUUUUUUCACCCACUUUUCCCCAAAUUUCCUGUGAACUUUAAAUAUUAACCAGAAAAAUUGACUACCUUGAAUUGACGUAAUCUCAUGACUCAUUGCCCACAAACAGUAUUGUCUUAGUUGAAAAUUCCUCUUUUUGAGAAAACCCCCCACAUCUUUCUUUACGCGGUUUCUAUUGAGCGAAUAAAUAUUUCGGUCACCGGACGAAGACGUACUGUUACAACAUUUCAAUUCGGAGAAAAGUGAUAUUGAAAAACUGCUGAAGGUUUGACCAUCUCAUUGAUAUGGUUAUCGGGUCGGCAUGGGCGGCGCUAAUGUUCGGGGAUAGUCAGAUA